UCGCCUACAUGCAGUUCCCAUUCUCCAUGCAUAGUGGCAACACCGUAACAACAGAAGGCAGACACAAGGACCGAGGACCGAGGAGCAUCGAGCAUCACAUUUCUCCAUGGAACAACUCGCUUGCUCUCGAGUUUCUUGUGGAUAGGACGACAAUUUCUUUCCAUCGACAAGGGCCAAGCAUAGCUCGAACCAAACGUAGUGAAAGAAGCUGUGUGAAAAGUGUUGCAUUCCAUGCUAAAAUCUCGAGUCCUCAUUUUCUUGAGGCCUUUUGGAACGGGGAGUUUAUGGCCAUGUGCCGCCUACACCACUGAUACCGCCACCUCUCGCCUGAACCGUGCCAAGGCACCGUGAUAUGAAAGGCUUUUAUGGCUGGACCGUGGAACAAAAAGAGACGAGCAGAAGUGGGCAUAAUUAUCCGGGAAGACAAAAGAGGAUCGCUUUCUGUGUUCUAUUCUCUCCUUGGUGAGACAUGUCUUACCAGUCAGUGUUCCAACCAUUGAUCAUGGGCACAUUCAUUUGUCAUGUGGUUUGGUCGUCUUGAUCCUUUGAUCAUCACUUACGGAAUGGACCAUCAGGGCCCGAAGUGAUAAAAGGCCGCAGAGAAACACUUGCUGCUCGAGUUUCGAGCUACUCUCAUGUAUUGGCCUCCACUUGGGUUCCUCUUCUCACUUUCAACACAUGUUCCAAAAAGGACGCGUUCAAGCAUUGAGAAGAAGCUUUCAAAUUGGAACGAAGUAAAAACCCUGGCUCGAUCCCAGGCUGAGAAUCGAGGCUCAUCCCGGUGUCCGGAUAUCGAGUUUGUUUAGCCAUGUGCGUCCCUCGAGGCAUAUUCCAUCCAAGUGAAAUUGAGACAUAAAUCUCAAGAUGGAACCUCAGUGCGAUCCAAGGCGUUCACAAAUGGAGUUCAUUCGGUUCGGUAAGCUUGAUGCCAUGCCAUCACAAUGGAUCUCCUCAGUCCGCUUUCACUCGCAUUGGCUGUACAUCUGGUUUAUACUUUAUCUUCUGCCCGAUUCUUCCAAAGCAGCCGGAGGCGAUUGUUUGUCCGGAAAUAUGAUUGAUUGCUUCGAAUGCAAUAGUUGGGACGACCCGCGAUGCCACGACCCGUUUAACUAUACGCUCCACAAAUAUGAUAUGCCUCCCCUCAAAGAGUGUGGUGGGUGUUGUGUCAAAAUGGUUCAAUUUAUUGGAACAGAACACUAUCAAGUGAAGAGGACGUGCACAGAUACGUUUGAGGUGAAUUUCUUCAUUGUGAACCACGCGUGUAUGACUGAAGGCCAUCGUCAUGGCCACAUGUGUUUUUGUGAGGAAGACGAGUGCAAUCAUCAAUCCCCAACAAGCCUACCUUCAAGCUUGUGUGCUUCCAUUGGCCUUCAAAUCCUGCUGAUGCUGCUUUUUCAGUCUUGCCAAAACGUGUUAUUGAGUUAGCGCGACAGACAGAGUUCGCUGAUUUUUGAAAUUCGGUGGGAAAAAUGUGCGGAGCUAGGGAUGUGACAAACAUCCCGGUAAAAAAAGAAGUUGACAUAUCAAACUCGUGUCAUAUCCCCACAACUUAAUACGCUAGUUGUGGGAGAUGACGAGGAUUUCUUACCUUGUUCUUGUUGUAAAAAAGGUCAUCUGUGAUAGUUUCGCUUCUUCGAGAUGCGACCAUCUUGAACUCCUAGCAUCUUGGUUAUUCUCAUCUGUCAGUGGUUUUACAACUCUCAUCAUUCAUAGUAGCAUGUGUGCUUUUAGGAACUUGAGAUUCUUCCCGAUCUAAAUCUACCACUAAUGUACAUGUUCAAAAACAUCUUGUAUUAUAUUCUCUGAAACUGCUUUUGCUCAAGAAUAAAUUUCAUCGAUGA